AUCCUUGUUAGCCACCUGAGGAGGUGGGGUUGAGGAUCGAAGUAGGACACGAGGUGCCCGGGAGCUGAAGGGGAAAAGCAGGGGGAUCCCCCACUUUCCUCACACCCAGGACGCAGAAUGCCACUGCUGGCCACAGAAACCCCAAGGCGUUUCUUUCUAUUCAGGGAACAUCUAUUGUGUGCCAGGCCCUGUGCUGAGCUGGGGUGGCCUGACAGCAGGGAAAGUGCGGCUCUCUCCGGCUUCUGCGAAGAGGUCGCGGGGCGGCCCGAAACUCCGAGAGCCUCAGCACACACACAUCGGGAACUCAGUGGAUGUUUGCGGGAUGCAACCCGGGCGAGAGCGCCGACUCUGACACACGGCGGACUAACGGAAGGAGAGGGAGGGGGCCUGAGGCGCGUAAAGCGCCAGGGGGAACUCUUCAGGUGUCACCAAGGCGGGAAGGUGCCAAGGCCGAGGGGCGCGGACUCUUGGGUCCACGCCGUCCCCGCCCCGCGCGCCCGGAGUCAACAUGGCCGCCGCGGAAGGGGGCGGGGCAACACCGAGUCCGGGCAGGAGGGGGGCGGGGUCGCCUCGGCGGAGCCAGUGCGCAGGCGCGGGAUGCUCGGGGCCCCGGAUGGAGGAGCCGAGGUUCGGGCCCCGCCUGGGAGGUCGAGACGGGCCGGCGUUGUGGACCAGGCGCCAGCUCGGGAGCCUUGGAGUUCUCGGGGGAGGGAAGCCGUCAAACGGAGGCCGAGGGAAAUGAGGCGGAGGCCGCCGAGAAGCGGGGAGCCCCGCCCCUCCGCCAUAGCGGCUUCCCGGUGCCGCCUCUUCCUUUACAGCCUCCCGCCCUAGCCUGCCUUCCGGCCUUAGGCCGGGCCCCGCCGGCCCCCUCGGGAGUAGUCCCUGAGCCGUGGCUCCUUUUGGGAGAAGAGGUGCCCACUGUCCAUUUAGGACUAUGUCCGAGAGUAAGGGUUAGAAUGGGCUUCCGACCCGGCUGGGCUGGCAGAAGGCGGCCCCUGGCUCGCGACAGCCAGCGAGGCCUCUGGCCCCAAGGACCCUGAGUCACGGAAACUUCCUCACUCCACAGAGGAUGCUCCAAGGGAGCAUCCAAGGGUCCAGGGUUCCGAUUCAGGCUCCCCCAGAGUCUCAGAUAGGGCCCUCCCUUGCCCUGAGCAUACCCAGUAGGAGCAUGCGCUGUCUUUGGACAAGUAUUGGGCUAGGACUUGGGAGACCUGGGUUGUUGCCCUGGCUGUGAAAGAGCGCAUCCCCUUUGGCCCGGGUGAAGGCUGGUCGGAAGACCAUGAAGUUCCAGAAGGGAAAAAAUGACAUUCUCUUUAAAUAUAGCCUAAGCUAAGAGUAGGUUACAAGUCUCCGGUGGUCGCUGGGGCUAGAGCUUGACUCUGGAGAGAGGAAAGGAAGAAUGGAAGCCUGGUGAAGAGGCAGAGAAGCCCAAGGGAGCUCAGUCCUGGCAGCAACACCCCUGAAUUCCCGGUGAUGAGAGGAUGUGGCCCAUGGAUCCAUCCAGGAAAGAGGUGCUGAGGUUUGCAGUCAGCUGCCGUGUCCUGACUCUGGUGCUGCAGGCUCUCUUCAAUGUCGUCAUCCCAGAUCACCGUGCAGAAGCCUUCUCUCCUCCUCGCCUCACCUCCUCGGGCUCUGUGGACCAACUUGUGGAAGGUCUUCUGGGUGGCCUGUCUCACUGGGAUGCGGAACACUUCCUGUUCAUUGCCGAGCACGGCUAUCUGUAUGAGCACAACUUUGCCUUCUUCCCUGGCUUCCCCCUGGCUCUCCUGGUGGGAGCUGAACUCCUGAGACCCCUGCGGGCAUUACUGAACCUACGGAGUUGCCUGUUAAUCUCAGUAGCGUUGCUCAAUUCUUUGUUCUCCGUCCUGGCUGCAGUCGCACUUCACGACCUGGGCCGUCUGGUUUUGCACUGUCCCCGCCAGGCCUUUUACGGAGCCCUGCUCUUCUGCCUCAGCCCAGCCAAUGUCUUCCUGGCAGCUGGUUACUCAGAAGCUUUGUUUGCCCUCCUGACAUUCAGCGCCAUGGGGCAGCUGGAAAGGGGCCGAAGCUGGACUAGUGGACUCCUCUUUGCCCUUGCCACUGGUGUACGUUCUAAUGGGCUGGUCAACAUUGGCUUCCUCGUGUAUUCUCAGUGCCAAAGCUUUCUGUCUUCUCUCAUGGUGCUGAAUCCUCUGAGACAGCUCUUGAAGCUGAUGGGCUCUGUGUUCCUCUCUGUGCUCAUACUUGGCCUUCCCUUUGCCCUCUUUCAGUAUUAUGCCUAUACUCAGUUCUGUCUGUCAGGCUCAGCCCACCCCAUCCCUAAGCCCUUGCUGCAGUUAGCUGUUGACAAGGGCUACCGGAUCGUGGAGGGAAAUGAGCCACCUUGGUGCUCCUGGGAACUUCCCCUAAUAUAUAGCUAUAUCCAGGAUAUCUACUGGAAUGUUGGCUUUUUGAGAUACUAUGAGCUCAAGCAGGUGCCCAAUUUCCUACUGGCUGCACCAGUGGCCCUCCUGGUUGCCUGGGCCACGUGGACAUAUGUGACCACCCACCCUUGGUUCUGCCUUACCCUUGGAAUGCAAAGGAGCAAGAAGAGUAAGACCCUAGAAAAAUCUGAUUCUGGAUUCCUCGGUCCUCGGGUGUUUGUGUACCUGGUCCACGCUGCAGCACUGUUGCUGUUUGGCAGUCUGUGCAUGCAUGUUCAGGUUCUCACCAGAUUUCUAGGUUCCUCCACUCCUAUUGUGUACUGGUUUCCAGCUUACUUGCUUCAGGAUCAAGAGCCACUGUUGAGAUCCCUAGAGACUGUGCCUUGGAAGCCGCUUGCAGGGGCCUGCCCACCAGGACAAAAGGUCCCCAGGAAUUCCAUCAUGGGACUUUUGUACAACUGGAAAACCUGUUCUCUAGUCACACGAUGCAUUCUGGGAUACUUCCUGUCUUACUGGCUCCUGGGACUACUCCUGCAUUGCAACUUCCUGCCUUGGACAUGACCUGGAGUCUCAGGGGUCUGGAAGUACAGAUACACACUGGGACUGGCUGCACUGCCCUGGGACCAUUGCUCCGUCCAUUAGAACCCCUCCGUCUCUCUCUCUGAAGGUUGGUCAGGACUGGGAGAAGUGUGAGCCACUGGAGAACCCCUGCUGGUCCUGGCUGUGGCAAAUUUUAGAUUAGUAGCAGCUAUUUUCUCUGUGAGUAAAGAAAUCAUACUCUAGGUCUAAAGUUACACUUGGAUCUGUCCCCUCAACCAAGCAUAGCAAAGAUAGUUGCAAACUUACCACUGACCCACAUGUAAAUUUAAAUGUAGAUUGUUUAAAUGUCUAUUUCAUCAAAGGCUCUGGCUGAUAGGCUGGUAAUGGUCCACACAUGAUGGCAGAGGCCUGAACAGUGUAGUGGCAGUAAGAAGUAAAGUAGGACCACCUUUUUAAUGGGACAUUGUUUCUGAUUACUUUUUUCAUGAUUCGUUCAUUUAUUUAUAUGAAAAAACUUGCAAAGAUAGGCAAAUUAAACAACUGUUGGUUAUGCAGGCAA